AUGUCGGAUUCUUCAUCAUCUGAAGGCGAAGAUAAUGUGAAGCAGCCAGAUUUUGUUGAAAGACAGAAGAAGCUUUCGAAAAGUGAGUUUUUUAUUCUGAAAAUUGAGAAAAUGGUUUUUCCUAAACAUGAAAUGAGUUGUAGAGUUGCAACAACAUCAAAAGAAAUCUGGCGAAGAAUCGGAAGAUGAUCAAAUCGAUGAAGUUGUUGAGGAAAAGAGUUUCGCUGAAUUGGGUGUUUCGCCAGCGAUUUGCGAUGCUUGUCAGCGGUUGGGAUGGGUGAAACCGUCGAAAAUUCAGCAGGCAGCGUUGCCGCAUGCGUUAGCUGGGAAAGAUGUGAUUGGUUUAGCGGAGACAGGGUAAAUAUUUUGAACAUUGCUAAAAGCCGUUGAAAAUCCUAUUUCAGAUCUGGAAAAACUGGCGCAUUCGCAAUUCCGGUUCUUCAAUCACUUCUCGAUCAUCCACAAGCGUUUUUCUGUUUGGUUUUGACGCCGACAAGAGAAUUGGCUUUUCAAAUUGGACAGCAAUUUGAGGCUCUUGGAAGUGGAAUUGGAUUACUUGUUGGUAAGACGGAAUGGGCACUACUACUGACUGAAUCUAGACUCCAUUUAGCUAUACCCUUCCUAAUUUCAAUAUUUUUCCAGCUGUAAUCGUCGGUGGUGUUGAUAUGGCAGCUCAAGCGAUGGCUCUCGCCAGAAGACCUCAUAUUAUAGUCGGUAAGAUCUAAAAAAAAUUAGCAUUCCCUCCUAACUCCAUGUUUUUCCAGCCACUCCCGGUCGUCUUGUCGAUCAUCUCGAAAAUACCAAAGGCUUCAACCUGAAAGCUCUCAAAUUCCUAAUUAUGGACGAAGCUGAUCGAAUUUUGAACAUGGAUUUCGAAACAGAACUCGACAAAAUCUUGAAAGUUAUCCCAAAAGAACGAAGAACCUAUUUGUUCUCAGCAACAAUGACGAAAAAAGUGUCGAAAUUGGAACGAGCAUCGCUUCGAGACCCGGCAAGAGUAUCCAUUUCGACAAGAUAUAAAACUGUUGAUAAUUUGAAACAGCAUUAUAUUUUUGUGCCAAAUAAAUAUAAGGUGAGCGUUUUUGGCUGAUUUUAAAUGGAAUUCCAAAUUUUGAAAACACUUUUUUUUCCAGGAAACCUAUCUCGUAUAUUUGCUCAAUGAACACGCUGGAAAUACAAUUAUUGUAUUCUGUGCCACAUGUGCCACGUCGAUGCAAAUUGCUGUGAUGUUGAGAAAAUUGGGAAUGCAAGCUGUUCCGUUGCAUGGACAAAUGAGUCAGGUAUCCAAGAUUUAGGGAUGGAAAAUGGCGAUUUUCAUGUGGUUUUUUUUCUGGAAAUUCGGUCGAAAAUUGGAAAUUUUUCAAGCUUCAAACUUUUAUUUUAACAAAAACUACGAAACACUAAUCUCGUAAAAUCCCUCAAAAUCCUCCCAUGUUUUUUUCUAGGAAAAACGUCUCGGCUCCUUGAAUAAAUUCAAAUCAAAAGCUCGUGAAAUCCUUGUUUGCACAGAUGUCGCUUCACGUGGUCUCGAUAUUCCACAUGUUGAUAUGGUUAUCAAUUAUGAUAUGCCAUCACAAUCUAAAGAUUAUGUGCAUCGAGUUGGGCGAACUGCAAGAGCUGGAAGAGCUGGAUUAGCUGUGACUGUUGUAACACAAUAUGAUGUUGAGGCAUAUCAGAAAAUUGAGGCAAAUUUGGGUGAGGAUUUCAGGGGGAAUUUGAAGAGGAUGCUUUUGCUAUAAAAUUAGGAAAAAUACAAUUCUAACCAAAAUUUCUCAUAUUUUUUUUCUCUUUUUUUCUGAUCUUGAGAAUUUCAAUUUUUGUUUGUUUUGAAAACCUCAAAAAUUUACGUUUCAAAAUCUAUUUAGCGUGAAAAUGGUCAUUUUUUCCAAUUAUUUUUUUUGUGAAAAAGGUCGAUUCAGCAAAUGUCAAAAAACUAUAUUUUGACAAUUUAUAUUUUCGCUGCGAUAUUUUUCAUUUUUGUGUGGAAUUCUAAUUUCUCCCAAUUUCCAGGCAAAAAACUGACAGAAUAUCCAUGUGUCGAAUCAGAUGUAAUGAUAUUAGUUGAACGAACUCAAGAAGCAAUGGAAAAUGCAAAAAUUGAUAUGCGAGAAAUGGAUGAUAAAAAGAAAAGUGGAGGAGGAAAAAAACGAGGAAGAAAUGAUGAUGGAAAUGAUAUGGAAGAGAAUUCGAUGCGAUUCAAAACACAAAUUCGAAAUCAAGGAGGAAAUGGAGGUGGAGGAAAUAUGAAGAAAAAGAAGUUCAAGAAAUGA